CCAUAUCACCGGUGUUCGUAUACUCCACCACUCUUCCAAUAUAACUUGAUCCAUUUCUUCAUAUUUUUUAUCUUUUUGCUUCUUUGCUAAUCUUGUUUUUUGUACUACGAUCCGCAGACCCUUCUAGGAACAUGUCUGGAGAGAAGCGACCCGCGCAGGAAGCUUUUGGAUCAUCUAGUCAGCUCGUUGUGAAGCGAAAGAAGUCAGAUGUUGGUCUGAAUGAUGGUACUGCAGUGGUAAAAAACACAUCGCGGAAUGGAACUCUUGCACAAGUAGUUCCCCGCACCAGUGGGCUUGAGGCGCCGAUUAUGGAGCUAACAGGUCACUCCGGCGAAAUCUUUACCUUACGGUUUGACCCUACUGCGCAGCAUAUUGCCUCCGGUUCGAUGGACAGGUCUAUUUUGCUUUGGAACACCUAUGGGCAAUGCGAAAACUAUGGCAUCCUGUCGGGCCACCGAGGGGCGGUACUUGAUCUACAGUGGUCUCGCGACUCAAGGACGAUAUUUUCCGCGUCGGCAGAUAUGUCACUUGCAAGUUGGGACUUGGAAACUGGGCAAAGGAUACGUCGCCAUUUGGGCCACGAAGAGAUAGUCAACUGUCUGGACAUCAGUAAGAGGGGCCAGGAGUUGUUGGUUAGUGCGGGUGACGACGGCUGUGUAGGUAUAUGGGAUCCCCGACAAAAGGAUGCUAUUGAAUAUCUGGAAACAGAAUUGCCUAUUACUGCGGUGGCCUUGUCAGAAGCGGGCAACGAAAUAUAUAGUGGCGGCAUCGAUAACACCAUCCACGUGUGGGAUCUGCGGAAAAAGGCGAUUGCUUACUCCAUGACGGGACAUAUGGAUACUAUCACCUCGUUGGAGAUUUCUCCAGACUCUCAGACGCUUCUCUCGAACUCUCAUGAUUCAACUGUACGAACAUGGGAUAUCCGACCUUUUGCACCGACGAAUAGGCUCAUCAAAACGUAUGACGGUGCUCCUGUCGGGCUAGAAAAGAACCUCAUUCGAGCGAGCUGGGACCCGAAGGGCGAAAGGAUUGCAGCGGGAAGCGGUGACAGGAGCGUGGUUGUCUGGGAUUUCAAAACCGGAAAACUUCUGUACAAGCUUCCUGGACAUAAAGGCGCAGUCAAUGAUGUACGGUUUUCGCCGAACGGCGAGCCUAUCAUCGUAUCUGGCUCGUCUGAUCGGACUCUUAUGCUGGGAGAACUUGGCAAGUGAGAACAUGUUACAUAUACCCCAGAUUAUUUAGCCUCAAUAUAAUAUCUAGCACGUACUUUAGGGCACGUUUCCAUUCUUGAAUAGAGAUCAAUGACUUUUAUAGUGUCAUCAAGGUCAGCUCAACUCGACUAGGGAUGGCCUGCUCAAAAUGUUACAGCGCGGAUAUGCCUCGCAGCAAUCAGCUCAACUGAUGAUACGAGUGACAUUAUAUGGACUGCACAAGGGAGAAGGUAUUGUCAAGCAAAUGAUUCCAACAACUACUCAGGUAUCUAUUAGUGAGCAUGUGCUGCUGGCAUUGGAGUUACGGCUGUUUGCUU